UGGAGUGAAGCCCUUGUGGAUUGUGUAUACCAAACCUGGAGUGAAGCCCUUUGUGGAUGGUGUAUACCGAACCUGGAGUGAAGCCCGUUGUGGAUUGUUUAUUUUCGUUGUUGUGCGCUGCACAGUCUUUCUGUUGAACUUUGUUGAAAGCUAAUAAAAGUCUCAGUCAGCAGUUGCUCGUCGACCCUGUCCUCUUCCUUCCCCCACUACGAACUUAACUGUGUUACACUGGUGCCGAAACCCGGGAAGGAAGACGGGAUGCAAGCAUCGUCCUCCACCCCAUUUGCGGACAUCAUCGCGUCCCUCGCGGUCCUGCACCGCGAACAACAACAGGCCCUGCUGGAGCUACGAAGCGACCAAGAGCGCUGCUUUCAAGCCAUCUUACAGACCCAGCAGGAGGACCGCGAGGCGUUCCGGAGCUGGAUUGACCGGGAGGUUCCCCGGCAGCCCAUCGAGCAGCCAGCUGUGCCUGUCCACCUGCCCCUCAACAAGAUGGGCCCACUGGACGACCCAGAAGUUUUUCUUGAGCUCUUCGAAAGAUCCGCCGAAGCGUGUUCAUGGCCGCGGGACCAGUGGUCUAUGAGGCUGGUCCCGCUCCUCUCAGGAGAAGCGCAGGUGGCGGCACAGCAGCUCCCAGUCCAGAACCUCCUGGUCUAUGACGACCUACGGCGGGCCAUCAUCCAGCGGGUCGGUCGGACCCCGGAGCAGCACCGACAGCGCUUCCGCUCCCUCGACCUGGGUGAGUCCGGCCGGCCCUUUAUGAUGGCCCAACAGCUCCGGGACUCGUGCCGCAAAUGGUUGCUGGCUGAGGGAAGCGACGUGGACCUGGUCAUCGAUCGCGUGGUGCUGGAGCAGUUCAUCACUCGGCUCCCGAAAAAAACUGCCGAGUGGGUCCAGUGCCACCGCCCCACGUCGCUGGACUCAGCCAUCCAAUUGGCGGAGGACCACAUGGUGGCGUGCCAAGGGGUCGGCGAGCCCCUUCCAGCUGCCUCUUUCUCUCCCUCUCUUUUGUCCCCCUCUCUCUCUAGACCUGUCCCUCUUCCCAGGUCUCGUCCGCCCGGCCCACUUUGUGUUCCGCCCCGAGGGCGGGGCGGAACUGGACAGGCACCUUCCUACGGACCCAGAGCCCCGCCCAGGGGGGCGGGAUUCUCUGCUGCCGGGACGGACCCCACUCCUGCUUCUCCCCUUUCUCCGCGCCAACCAUUCAGCCCACUCUCUGCCACUGGAGCGGCGGGCAGGUCUGGGCCGGCCUGUUGGCGGUGUGGGGAUCCGGAUCAUUUUGUGGAUAAAUGUCCGGUUAUGGAGGUCGGGACAAUGAUCCGGGUCCCCGACGAUCCACAGGCCGCCCCUGGUCAAGCUGGCGGGUACCAAAUACCUUGAUUGGCGCGGAGACAGGAUAAAACGCCGUGAGAAGCAGGAGUGUGUGAGAGAGAGGG